GUACUCUGAAGGCUAAAACGUAAUAUUCAGAACACUCAAUAUCAUUCCAGAAGACAAUAAGCGAAGGAAUGGAGAUGACCGUGUACAUUCUGGUGGUCCUGCCGGCUCUGCUCAUCCCUGGUCGACACUCAUGUGAUGGUCCAUCCCUUCACGAGAAGAAGCUGAGCAUUCUGAAUCUACUGGCAUGCUGGCAAGAUGAUCACAAUUGCUUCAGCCAGUCGAAUAACAAUGGGGGAAGUUAUUACCGGUAUAGGAGCUGCAAGGAAAUUAAGCAAUCUCAGUCUGGUGCUAGAGAUGGAAUCUAUACACUAACCAGCGAAGAUGGUGUGUCUUAUCAAACCUUCUGUGACAUGACCACCAAUGGAGGAGGUUGGACUUUGGUAGCCAGUGUCCAUGAAAACAAUAUGUUUGGGAAAUGCACUAUUGGAGAUCGCUGGUCUAGCCAACAGGGGAACAAUAUAAAUAACCCUGAAGGAGAUGGUAACUGGGCAAACUAUGCCACAUUUGGUUUGCCAGAUGGAGCCACUAGUGAUGACUACAAGAAUCCUGGCUAUUAUGAUAUAUCUGCUAAUGACGUGGGGAUAUGGCAUGUGCCAAACAAGACACCAAUAUCCAAAUGGAGGGAUUCCUCCCUUCUACGAUAUCACACAGAUAAUGGCUUCCUGUCUGCUGAGGGUGGAAACCUUUUCAAACUGUACAAGAAAUACCCAGUUAUAUACAAUGCUGGCAGCUGCCCAACAAACAAUGGACCUGCAGUACCUGUUGUGUAUGAUUUUGGAAAUGCGGAGAAGACAGCAAAUUAUUACUCGCCUAAUGGAAGAAGUCAGUUUGUUGCUGGAUUUGUUCAGUUCCGCGUCUUUAACAAUGAAAAGGCUGCACUGGCUCUGUGUGCGGGAAUAAGAGUGACCGCCUGUGAUACAGAACAGCACUGCAUCGGAGGCGGGGGCUAUAUUCCGCAAGAAAACCCCAAACAGUGUGGAGACUUUGCUGCCUUUGACUGGGAUGGUUAUGGGACACACAAAGAAUGGAGCAGCAGCAAAGAGAUUACAGAAUCUGCUGUGCUGAUGUUUUACCGAUAACCUGACACCUGAUUACCGCCGGCAGCAAUGGGCUGACUGUACAUUCACUGGAAUCAGUUCAAAAAUGGUUUUCACUUUACUGCUUCAGAAGUGUAGGGGUCAUUUAGAGUUAGAUGUACAUCAAUUUCUGAUUUGCGAAUAUAUGUAUUUCUUACAGUGCAUGUGCCCCAAGAUACAUCAAUAUUCAUUAAUAAGGAUUUUAGUUAUAUAGUGCUUUUCUCCAAAAAGACUCAAAGCUCUUACAGAAAUCAUGGGCCAUCAUUAAGACUAUGCGAAACGCGCAUCAAGCAUUUCAGAAGCUGACUCUUUUCUAACUACCUAACCCAGGGGUAGCCAACCCAGGUCUUAGAAAGCUACCAACAUUUCAUGUUUUCCAGACCACCUAGCUGGUGCACAGGUGCAGUCAUUACUCACUGACACAUUUUAAAAGAUCCACAGGUGGAGCUAAUUACUUCACUUGUGAUUCAGUGAGGAGGCCGUAUAUCGGUCAGCAUAGCGAAAUAUAUAGGUAAAAUUGAAUACAGAAUCCAAAAGAAAUUGUGCUCAAAGAUAGAAAAGUGAUAAGAAUUAAAAAUAUCCACUCCGAAGAUUGCAAGAACUGCCAAUAUCGGGUAUAUGUAGAAUGUACUCAAAUAUCAGAUUAAUCUAUUGUGUGUACCGAUUUGUGUGCCCACAGCUGACAGCUUGCUGGAUAAUUUCAGCUUCCAGUAUCCUAUACAGCGUAAGUAUUCACCCUACACUUCUCAUACAUGUCAAAUACUCUCAACAUCCACCGUAUGUGUGUACCGAAAAAUAAAUGGACAAAAUUGUCAGUACUAGUUUUUGUGCCCACGGUUACCUGCUGAGUUGUUACAGCUUUCAAUGUCCUAUGCAACGUAAGUAUUCACUAUGCAUUCUUCCUACGUAUAAGAUGCUAUGAACAUUGAUUGACUUCAAUUUAAAUAAAUUGCUGCUGCUGCUGUUAAAUAACAAUGUGAUGCCCAAUUAAGUCUAUAUACCAGUGAAGAUAAGUGAUAGCUGUUUUAAGCAUGUGUCGUUGUAUUCCAUAAAUGGGUAUAGAGACAGCUUAUUCCAAGUAUGUAUCACUGCGUUUCAUAAUAGAAUAAUUGGUACUGUAUUAAAGGCAGUUGCUGCCUGUGCCCAACAGUCCCAUAGAGAUAUACAAAUAAAUUGAGUCGACAUAACCUUUAAGUGUCCCGUGUUAGUAACAUAGGCACUCGCUGUUGAGAUCUAACCGUUGGUAGAAAAAUAUAGUAUAAAGUAAGCAAGUAGGGGUUAACACAUACAUUCUUUCAUAUAGACAUAGUAGUCACUGAUCCGUGGUUUGCCCCUAGGUUGCUGAUAAUACUUGAGCAAAAGUUUAAUAUGCCUGAUAUUUAAAAUAUGAUACAAUCACAUGCUUCACUAAAUGCAGGCAAUAAGAAUAAAUGAAUUAACAUAAUACUAAAAGAUCUGUUAUAAAGCAUUUAACCACUACUUACAACAUUUGAGAAGAAUUAUCUUUAUUCAUUGACACAAUAAUCCACAACAAGGUAUAAUAUGUAAAUCAGGGUUCCGGUAUGAAAGAUAGAUAGUGU